UCAAUUUUUAAUCGAAAAAUAAAUAAACUUGGGUCAUCAUUUGCUGAUACGACAGCACGUGAGUAUAAAAUCAUUAAACACAUUGAGAUAAUUUAGUUUGAAACACACUCUGGUCAUUGAAACUUUGAAUUUAAAUUUGUUGAAAAAAAAAAUAUGCAGUCUAUAUUAAAAAUAUCUCGAUAUUUAAAUUUUUUAAAAAUACAAAGAUUUAAAAAACACAGUGUUAGAAAAUUAUCGAGUAACGGAAAUUUUCAAAAAUUAUUUCCAGAUAAAAAUGAAUUUCAAGCACGACAUAUUGGACCAAGAGAUUUUGAACAAUUGGAAAUGUUAAAAACAAUUGGUUUUAAUUCACUUGAAGAAUUGACAAAAACUGCUGUACCUAGUAAUAUUAGACGUGAUGAAGAUUUAAAUAUCGACAAACCAAUGACCGAGUAUGAUUUGAUGAAAAGAAUAACAGAAAUAUCACAAAAAAAUAAAGUAUGGAGAUCAUACAUUGGAAUGGGUUAUUACAAUUGUUGUGUACCUCACACAAUAAUGAGAAAUAUAUUCGAAAAUCCAGGAUGGACAACUCAGUAUACACCAUAUCAGCCAGAGAUAGCACAAGGAAGAUUAGAAAGUUUAAUAAAUUACCAAACAAUGAUUUGUGAUAUGACCGGAAUGGAAGUUGCAAAUGCAUCUCUUCUUGAUGAGGGAACAUCUGCUGCAGAAGCACUUGCACUUGCAUAUCGUCACAAUAAAAGAAAAAAACUAUUUGUAUCAGAUAAAGUACAUCCACAAACAAUAAGUGUUAUAUCAACAAGAAUAAAUUCACUUGGUCUUGAUCUUGAAAUUGGUGAUGUAUUUAAUGUUGAUACUAGUCAAAAAAAUAUUGCUGGUAUAUUGCUACAGUAUCCAGAUACAACUGGUGCAAUAUAUGAUUAUGAAAAAAUUGUUAAACAAGCACAUGAUGAUGGUACACUUGUUUGUGCAGCAACAGAUUUACUGGCACUUGCAAUAAUACGUCCACCUGGUGAAUUUGAUGUUGAUAUUUGUGUAGGAACAAGUCAACGUUUUGGUGUACCACUUGGUUACGGUGGACCACAUGCUGGAUUUUUUGCAUGUCGUCAAAAAUUAGUUAGACUAAUGCCAGGUAGAAUGAUUGGUGUGACAAUUGACACUGAUGGAAACAAUGCAUAUCGUCUUGCACUACAAACACGUGAACAACACAUCAGAAGAGACAAAGCAACUAGUAAUAUUUGUACAGCACAAGCUUUACUAGCAAAUAUGUCAGCAAUGUAUGCUGUCUAUCAUGGUCCUGAUGGUAUUAAAAAUAUAUCACAAAGAAUUAAUUAUUUAACAAAAAUACUUGCCAAAGGUUUACAGUCAUCUGGACAUGAAAUUUAUAAUGAAGCAUAUUUUGAUACAAUAACAGUAUCACCAAAUAUAAAACAAUCAAUCAUUAAAAAUAAUGCUGAGAAUAAAAAUAUCAACUUACGUUAUAAUCAAGAUGGUUCUAUUGGUAUAUCAUUGGAUGAGACAACAGUUAUUAAUGAUGUCAAUGAUUUACUUGAAAUAUUUAAUGUAAAUAAAAGUGUUGAAAGUAUUGUUGAUGAUAUAAAAAAUAUUGAUGAUGAUAAUACAAUAAUAUUUAAACGUAAAACAUUAUAUUUACAACAUUCUGUAUUUAAUAUACAUCAUUCAGAAACAAGAAUUGUUAGAUAUAUGAAAUCAUUAGAAAAUAAAGAUGUAUCAUUGGUACACAGUAUGAUACCAUUGGGUUCAUGUACAAUGAAAUUAAAUUCAACAACUGAAAUGAUGCCAUGUAGUUUAUCUGGUUUUACAAAUAUUCAUCCAUUUGUACCAGUUGAACAAGCACAAGGUUAUAAAAUAUUAUUCAAAGAAUUAAAAAAUGAUCUUUGUUCAAUAACUGGCUAUGAUGAUAUUAGUUUUCAGCCAAAUAGUGGUGCACAAGGUGAAUAUGCUGGUUUACGUGCAAUUCAAUGUUAUCAUGAAUCACGUGGUGAUUAUAAUCGUAAAGUAUGUUUAAUACCAAUAUCAGCACAUGGUACAAAUCCAGCAUCAGCACAAAUGGCUGGUAUGCAAGUUGAGCCAAUAUAUGUUAAAAAAGAUGGUUCAGUUGAUACUGUACAUUUAAAAAAUAUGAUUGAUGAAUAUAAAAAUUCAUUGUCAUGUUUAAUGAUAACAUAUCCAUCAACAAAUGGUGUAUUUGAAGAGACAAUUGGUGAUGUUUGUGAUAUGGUACAUAAAGCUGGUGGACAAGUUUAUUUAGAUGGUGCUAAUAUGAAUGCACAAGUUGGUCUUUGUAGACCUGGUGAUUAUGGAAGUGAUGUAUCACAUUUAAAUCUUCAUAAAACAUUUUGUAUACCGCAUGGUGGUGGUGGACCUGGAAUGGGACCAAUUGGAGUAAAACGACAUUUAAUGCCUUUUUUACCUGGACAUCCAAUUAUUAAUUCAGCAAAUGAUACAAAUGAAUUAACACCGGGUCUUGGUGCAGUAUCAGCAGCUCCAUAUGGCUCAUCAGCAAUACUGCCAAUAUCAUGGGCGUAUAUUAAAUUAAUGGGAGCUAAAGGUUUACGUAAAGCAACACAAGUUGCUAUUUUAAAUGCAAAUUAUAUGAGCAAAAGAUUAGAGAAUUAUUACAAGACACUUUAUAAAGGUGACAGUGGUCUUGUUGCACAUGAAUUUAUACUUGACAUUAGAGAUUUUAAAAAAACAGCAAAUAUUGAAGCUGUUGAUAUUGCCAAGAGACUUAUGGACUAUGGUUUUCAUGCACCAACAAUGAGUUGGCCAGUUACUGGUACACUUAUGGUUGAACCAACUGAAUCUGAAGAUAAAUUAGAACUUGAUAGAUUUUGUGAUGCUUUGAUAUCUAUUAGAAAAGAAAUUCAAGAUAUUGAAAAUGGAAAAUUAGAUAUUGAAAAUAAUCCAAUUAAAAUGUCACCACAUACACAAAAACAAGUUAUAAAUACACAAUGGGAUAGACCAUAUUCAAGAGAGCUAGCUGCAUUUCCAGUGUCAUUUUCUAAAGUUCCAAAAAUAUGGCCAAGUGUAGGAAGAAUUGAUGAUAUUUAUGGUGAUAAAAAUUUAUUUUGCACAUGUCCACCAAUUUUACCUCAACAAUAAAAUAAUAAUAGACUGUGCCCCAUUAGCCUCAGGAAUUUG